AUAAUAGUAGUAUCACCCAAUCAUACCUGUUGAGAACAUGCUUGGCGCGGGCGGCCGGCGGGCAGGUAGAAGUGUGUUGACAGAUUGAAGAUAAAAACGUCAAAACGUUGACCUUACCUCAUUUUAUUUGACGAUCGUCCCGUGUACACACGUGGGAAGGGUGUAAAGUCCGAGGAGGAUGCCGAGACUGCAGUUUUUGGCGGGAAUUUUGUGCGCUGCCGUGCUCUUGGCGGCGGGACAGACACCUGUGACACCGCCCGCUGAGUCACCCGCAGCAGACUGUGGGGGCAACUACACCGACUCCUUUGGUGAGCUUCUAUCACCCCAGUGGCCACAGGACUAUGGCAACAACGCCAGCUGUGUCUACCGCAUCAUCGCCCAGCCUGGCCAUUCUCUAUCCCUCAGUGUCAACACUUUCUCAACGGCAGACAUUGGAGACACCUUGACUGUCUACGACGGCGCGAAUGCCAGCUCCCCUGUGAUUGGCUCCUACAGUGGUCACAUGUUGGGUGCAGGUGAUGUCAUCAACAGCACAGGCUCUCAGCUGUACUUGAGCUUCUCAUCAGAUGCUGUUAAUGGAACAGGAGGAUUUAAUAUCACUUACAGAGACUCCUUUCAUUGUGAAGAGGUGACCAUACCGCUCUGUCAGACCCUUAACUACACCUCAGCCAUUUUCCCAAACAACCUAAACCAGAAUCAAGUAGACGCAGGCUUGGAGAUCAGCCAAUACUCCCCCUUAGUGCAGCUUCAGUGUUACAGAUACUUGCGCCAGUUCUUGUGCUACAUGUAUGCGCCACCCUGUGAAGGUGGGGAAAGUGCGAGACUUCCUUGUCGCAGGCUGUGUGAAGCCGCAAAGUCUGGUUGCGGUCCUCUGAUGGAACGGUUUGGAUUCCAGUGGCCGGGAAAUUUGGACUGUAGCUAUCUUCCCUCUGAGAACAGUCAGACAUGUUUGGGACACGAACUUCUAUCCGCACCUGUUCCUAGUGGUCACUCUACUGCAGAGCCAGUCAGUGCUCAGCCCACCCCAGUUGCAGCCUGCCCUGACCCAGGCAGCCCAGAUUACGGCAGCCGUGUUGGAGGGGAUUUCGGCCCGGGUUCUACCGUACAGUUCUCCUGUGAUGACGGGUACACCCUACAUGGUAACUCCUCACUCACCUGUGCCGAUGGAUCCUGGGAUGGUCCAUUGCCUACCUGCAGAGCUGAGUGUGGGGGAAGCAUCACCAACGCCAGCACAGGUGUGCUCCUCUCACCUGGCUACCCCGACAGGUACGCAGGUAACCUGUCCUGCACCUGGUUCCUGUCUGCACCUGAUGGCAUGUUGCUCCGACUCCUCUUCAACAACUUCUCACUGGAGGACGGAAAAGACUUUCUCUAUGUGUAUGAUGAGAACAGGCCAGGUGACCAGCCAGAGAGAAGCCUGACCGGUACUACAAUACCGGCUAGCUGGCUAAGCUGGACACACAACAUCACCUUACAGCUGGUCACCAACACAGACACAGGCAUGGGAGGCUUCUCACUCCUGUAUGAAAGCAUUCCAGAAACCUUCUGUCGAGACCCCGGGCCCAUUCUUAACGGAGUCAGCACUUCCAUCAAAGUCCUGUACUCCGCGGGACAGUCGGUGUCGUACCGCUGUGAUGCAGGUUACCAACUGAUAGGCAAUGCAACCCUCACCUGCCUGCAGGGCAGACAGAGGAUCUGGGAUGCAGCACCCCCUGUCUGCUAUGCUCCUUGUGGCGGGAACUUGACCUCUGCUAACGGCACAAUUGCGUCCCCGACCCCUGACCCCGACAACGCUGUCGGCAGGGAUUGCUACUGGCGGGUGCACGUGGACGACAGCUUCAGGGUGAUGGUCAAGUUCAACAGCUUUGAACUCCGAGAGAUUGAUGCAUACCUGGCCAUCUUUGAUGGUGGGGACCUCGGUGCAGCUCCCCUAGCAAACUUCAGCAGUACUGCACCUGCCUCAGCAGAUGUGUACAGCACAGAUAGCCAGGUCCUCGUCCUGUUCCACCAUGGACCCACCAACAGCUAUGGCAACUUCAGUCUCACAUAUAUUGAGGCGCAGAAGAAGCAUUGCCCAGACCCAGGGACUGUGGAAAAUGGUCGAAGGUACGGGGAUGACUUCAGCAUUCGCUCCUCCGUCAACUACACCUGUGACGAUGCCUACGACCUUGAGGGCCGAGAGACAAUCAUCUGCAAGCCUGGUAACCCACCCAUGUGGGACUACCCAAAACCCAGAUGUGUACUAGUGAAAGAGUGUGUGGACCCGGGAAUCCCAGAGAAUGGCCAGCGGGACUCGAAUGACACCAGUGUGGGAGCAUCCGUGUCCUACUCCUGUCAGCAGGGGUACACGCUGGUGGGGGAGACCACUCUGACCUGCAGGAGCCGCCCCGGCUUCAGGCCUAGGUGGGACCACCAGUCUCCAGUGUGUGAAGAGGUUCCCAUCCAGCUAUGCCAUGACCCAGCGUUCCUCCACUAUGGAACGUACACCCCUAAAACCCACCACUACUUUGUGGGCUCUGUUGUCACCUUCUCCUGUAACUCGGGUUAUGUACUGAAGGGUAACAAGACCCUCGUCUGUUUACUGGGUGACUCCCGCGGUGCCAAGCCACGCUGGAAUAAUGCUUACCCUACGUGUGAAAAAGCCCAGGUGAAGACCAGCAGUGCUCGCUCUGGCAGCAAUGCCGCCCUGGGGGUCAGUCUGUUUGUGGUGCUAGCACUACUGGGAGUCGGUGGUGUGGUUGCUUACAAAUGGAGACGCAAGAUCCUAGAACUUCUGCAGAAGUCGAAGACCACCAACAUCCCUCCCUCAUUCGACAAUCCCAUGUAUGAGGUGCCUGCUAAUAACACUGAUGAUGGCCCAAGUAUAGAGCAAAGUGCGGAAGCGUAGAGGAAAGUCCAGAAGUGUACAGAAGAUGCAGAAGCAUAGGCAGGAUGCCUUCAUUGUGUGAAGAAAGAUGACAAUCAAGAUAACAAUUGCUCAAGCAACCGGAUACAUUUUGGAAACAGACAAACAUUUAAGGAAGCAUCCAGUAACUUUCGUCAUUUGAUGCUACCUGAGAUGUCUGACCAUUUCCAAAAUCUGUGUUAUCUUGAGUUGAGUAUCUUUUUUUAAGUUAUUACCUAGAUGUCUAACCACAUAGAGAUGACAAUCACGUCUGGGCUUCGUUGACAUGCUGCUACCGAAAACAGUUCAGUGUCAUGACUUAAGCCUGGGUAAUAUGAUUUAAAUAUCCAUGACUCCAUCUAUUCUGGCUCCAGUCUACUCCAAUAAUCCUUACACCAAGCAGAAUUGUCUGGUCCCUGUCUCCAUUAAAUGUAACCUCACGUUCUACAUUGACCCAGAUGGGGUCAUGUGGCAUAACUAAAGGAUGUUUGACAGAAAACCCAGGGGACCAUACGACAUCAAGCCAGUCAGAACUUGCCUAUAUCUUAGGCUAAUAUUCAAAUGCCAGUCAUUUCUAUGUUAAUGGGUCCCAGACUAUUCUGCGGGGAUGAAGGAGUGAAAAGAGUAUACAGAGCUUGAUAACUUAAAGAUGGCUAUCAGGCUGUAAACCUCCACCAAAACCAAAGCGGAAGGCAAUGUUGUGUUUGUAGGUUUAGUGUUGCAGUUCUCCUGUAAUGUAAACUGUUGGCAAUUUUAUGCUAUGUCCGCAAUGAGCAGGCCUUCAAUACUGACUAAAGGAGAAUUCUAUCGCGGCCUUAACAACAAGAUUAUAUCUGGGAAAACAAACUUCCAGAAAUGGAAAGGACUUGGAAAUGACUUGAAGUCAGCCACAUUUCAAAGCUUUAAAUCAAAGUGAUGCUGAUAGUUUCUGAAAAGCUGAGAGAUAUUUUAGACUGUCAUGGAAAAUAUGAAACUGAUUUAAAAUGUGAUGCUUGAUGUUUAAGUCUAUGCUAUGCAAGAAAGUGGCUGGAGUUUCUCAACAAGUAUACAUAAUCUGUGCAAGACUUAGUGAGUGAUUAAUAGUAGCCCAACAUUUGCUUUUAUCAUAUAGAGAUAAGAUUUUUAAUGAAAAACAAAUAUAUAUUUAGCAAGUUAGAUCAUUGCCUUUCAUGUGACAAUCAGUGUACUAAUGGAUGAAGUGACCAAGAUGCAAAGAGAUUUUAGCAUUAUGCAAAGCUAAUAACUUUUGUGAAUUUUAUGCAAGUUUGUGGUGGUGGCAAUAGGUGAUGGGGUGUUGUAUUUGUAUAUGUUGCUGUAUCGUAGCAAAGAAGCUAUAUCUUUAUACACAUAUAUUAGAUUCUAUAUAGUUACCCGAGAAACCUGGAUGUUGAUAUGUGACGUUCAUAAAAAGAGAGUAUAUUUUUAGUAUCUCGUCAAACUAUUUAUUGUCUGAAUUCAAAGUGACUUGAUGUAUUCAUUCUCAUGAUAAAUGCAUAACAGAGGGACCAAAGAGCAUGUUGAAUAUCAAGUACAAGCACAAAGAAAUAUUGAUUCUAAUAUAUAAUGUUUAGAAAAAUGCUAUGUAAGCCAAAUGAUCAUGUUGAUUUGAUUAUAUGGAUGACACCGACUGGGAACACAAAAUUGAUGAGAGUGUGUGAAGAAAAAAAAUUGGAGUAAAAAAGGUUGCCUUCAUUUUGCAAUGUAUGGCACAUGUUUGCUCAUUUUGUCACUGCCUUGUACAGUGUACAGUAUGUGGUCAAAAUCAAUACCUUUUUGGAAGCGUUCAGAAUUUGAUGUUCCCAUGGAUGUCACAAUCAAAUCCACAUGGCCUAGUCAAUACCAGUAAAUAACAUGUAAAACAGGUAAAGACCCCUAACUUGUAAACAGUUCUUGUUUGAUACAUGCUCAGAUAUGUUUUGUUUAUCUCUCAGGGGCCUUCAACUUUGACAUAUUACCUAUAAUGCAUCACACUGUGCAUGUGCAGUCCAAACUGUGAAUCAGCUUACUGCCUACAUGUAUAAAACAAACAAUGAACUAAGAAGUGGAAGAAGGAAACUCACUGUUAUGGCCUUAGAUGUGUAUAACUUCACUCAAGGAGGUUGAAAAACCUCGUUUCACUCGACCAAUGGCACAAUGCUGCAAUGAUCAUGUAUGCCUUACCCUUCACUGUACUAAGGGUGCAUUUAACAUCAACAGUUUACUUUAAGUACAUCUUAACAGAGAUGGGUUAACUGUCACUAUGGAACACUGUGGCAAAGUUGAAAGCUAGCUGUAAAAUGUAUUGUAGGUCCUGCUUUGAAAGGGCCAGUUGAAAGUAUACUUUCUGCAAAGUGUCAUUAAAGUUGCUGUUGCACAUGUA